AUUUAAUUUCAUUUCCGUCUUCUUCCUUCUCUCUCGCUAACGAACCUUCUCUUUACUUUCUUACUGCAAAAUCUCCUAUUUUGAUUUUGCCUAAGAAUUUCACGAUCCCUUUCUUGUGUAUGAGCAACUACGAUUCUUUCUAUGAAACUGAUCGGCGAUUCUCUGAUUACGAACAGCGAUAGCGAUGAGACGACGUACGGAUACUGAUGAUUCGAGGCCUGUUAACAAUACUUUCCAAACCAUUACUGCCGCCGCUGAUGCGAUCGCCACCGUCGAUCAUCGUUUUCCUCGGGCUACUGCCGUCCAGUUUCCUCUUUUUCUCUUUGUUUGGUUACUCACAGAAAAGAAGAUGGGGUAGUUGUUGGAGUAUUUAUUGGUGCUUUGGAUCUCUCAAACAGAGGAAAAGAAUUGGGCAUGCUGUUUUGGUACCGGAAUCAAGUCCUUCUUCCGAGUCUCAUGAAAAUUCAUUGCAAUCACCAGAUAUUGUGCUUCCUUUUGCUGCACCUCCCUCUUCCCCUGUGUCCUUCCUUCAAUCUGAGCCACCUUCUGCUACACAAUCACCUACUGCUUUAAUCUCUUUCACCUCUCUUACUGCUAACAUGUAUUCUCCUGAUGGGCCUUCCUCCAUUUUUGCCAUUGGCCCAUUUGCUCAUGAAACCCAACUAGUGUCUCCACCUCUGAAUUUCUCUACUCUCACUACUGAACCAUCAACUGCUCCCUUCACUCCUCCCGAGUCUAUCCACUUGACUACACCUUCUUCCCCUGAAGUUCCUUUUGCUCAGUUUCUUCAACCUACACUCCAGAAAUCUGAAUCUGAUCAUCAAUAUCCAUUUCCUAAUGAUGACUUCCAAUCUUACCAAUUCUAUCCAGGUAGUCCGGUCAGUCAUCUCAUAUCACCACGAUCAGUUAUUUCUCGUUCUGGGGCUUCGUCGCCUUUGCCUGACUAUGAUUUUGCCUCCUUUGGUUCUCAAUUUUUGAAUUUCCCAUUAGAAGUUCCACCUACCUUGUUGAACCUUGACAAACAGUCCAUUCAUAACUGGCGACAACGACAAAGUACCGAUUCUUGCACUCAAGAUUCUAUAGAAUUAAAAUCGAGUAAUGACUUUGUUUUGAAUCCCCAAACUUCAGAAUCUAUGUCGGAUCACCACGCAACGAAUGAAUCUCAAAAUAUCCAAAUUCUCAUUGAUGGAAACCAAAAGGAGGAGGAGGUGCCAGGUGCUACUAACCAUAGAUUCUCAUUCGAGUUAUCUGAUGGAGAUGCUUUAUUACAAAGCGUAGGAAGUAAGCCACUGGAUUCAAAUGAAGUUGCAGUUGCAUCGUCUCCAAUACAUGAACCAUUUGAAACGGCUAAAGAAAAUUCUCCUGUUGAUGAUGACCAUACUUCAAAUGUUACAGAAGGAAAGACAAAAGCAGAGGUUGAAGAAGCACAUCAGCAUCAAGAACAUCAUUCCAUUACUCUUGGGUCUGUGAAGGAAUUCAAUUUUGAUAAUGGCAAUGGAAGUGAUACACAUAAGGCAAAUCUAAAUUCAGAAUGGUGGACUAAUGCAAAGGAUGUUGACACAGAAGGCACGACCAACGGGGCCUGGUCAUUCUUUCCAAUGACGCAGCAAAGAUAACUGACUGGUGCUUACUUAUCUUCUAGAAUCUCCUCAUGCCAUCAUCUUUUGCAGUUGCAAAUUGAUAGGCAAGACAAAUACAAGACGUCAAAUCUUGAAAGAGCCAAACUGGAAGCCUGUUUUUUUCAACAAUAUGACCUAAGACAAACAAAGCCAGAUAUUAUUAGAAUGAUAGAGAAAUUUGUAGAUUCGAUAGGGCCUUAUUGACAAACGAUUGUGGCUCGUCACUUGAAUUGUAAUAGAUAUUAGUGGUCUGAUAGAAAUUGGAAGUGUAUAAAUAUGGUAAUAAAAAAGUGUUUUUUUUUUAUCUUCAUAAUA